AUGAAAAUGACCGGUGCCCGUGUGCAUAAAGAAGCCGCAUUUUACGUUGACCUUAGUCGUCAUCUACAUAUUUGUCGAACAUACGGAUUUAUCGAUGAAAUACCAUCGAAACCCUUCUCUGUUAUGCUUGUUCAAGAAUUCGCUCCGAAGGGAAAUCUCUUUGACCUCCUAGAAGAUUCGAAUAAACUGCCGAAAGACGCGAUUCUUCGUAAAAUUUUUAUUCAAAUAGUUGAUGCAAUGUGCUAUUUAGUUGACAAUCAAAUUAUCCAUGGCGACCUUGCCUGUCGAAAUGUGCUUGUGUUUCAAUUUGAUGAAGAUAAUUCAGAAAACAAUCUCGUCAAAAUAACGGAUUUCGGAUUAACGCGUGUCAGUUCCUCCUGUACUGUUUUCAACAUUAUUCCGACACGUUAUGCGGCUCCAGAGGUUCUUUCAUUCAAACUGUAUUCGGAAAAGUCGGACGUAUUCUCGAUGGGUGUUCUCAUGUGGGAAGCCUAUUCGAAAGGAGCAAUCCCUUGGAUCAAUAUUGACGAUCUUGAUGAGAUUUCGGAAAGAGUGACACGGGGAGAGAGACUUCCACGGCCUGACGCUUGUAAUAAUGGGUCUUGGUCGCUCAUUUCGAGCUGUAUGUUCCACCUAACUACCGACAGGCCAACAUUUGCUCAACUAAAGCAACUAUUAGACAACACUAAUAAGCGAUUUUUCAACGUUCGGAAGUCAUCUCACGUAACUGAUCAGGGCAAAAGAUUUGACAGAAAUGAACAGCAAGUGCAUGCAAAUCCUGUAGUUGACGAACUAGUAUCACUUCGCGAUGAUGAAAAUCCUUUCAUGCCGGAACUGAUCGAAUUUUAUCCAAGACGAAGAAACGUAUGCAAUGAAUAUGACUCGACUCGUACGACUAACAUUAGUAGACAAAAGAGAGAUCGCAUGUUUGGUUCAAUGUUUAAUCUGGACCGACAGCGUCCAACAGACAUCGUUUUGUCACUUUUAAAUUGGACACCGUAUAGCCGUAUGAGUGAAAAACACCCGUCACCGAAAAUACAUCAGCGGUAUUCCCAGGUCACAGUGGAAAAGUCAGCGAUUUGGUCGUCGUGCCACACGUCAGCACAGACGAUAAAAUGA